AUGGCAUCAGUAGCUAGACAGCAGCCUCCCUGGUCUGCGCCUACGGGGACCACUCCUCAUCCAAAGCUUCAGGUCUAUAAUUCCUUGACGAGAUCUAAAGUACCCUUCGUACCUCAUGACCCCAACGGCAGGCGUGUCACCUGGUAUGCCUGCGGGCCUACUGUCUACGACGAUGCCCACCUAGGCCAUGCACGAAAUUAUGUCAGCACCGAUAUAUUGAGACGAAUACUACGAGACUAUUUCAAGUUCGAUGUAGAGUUUGUCAUGAACAUUACAGACAUCGAUGACAAAAUCAUUCUGCGAGGUAGACAGCAGCAUCUUUUAGAAGAGUACAUCAAGCUCCACAGUCAUAUUGAUGGAGAAGUUCUCGGCAUGGUCGAAACAGCGUAUCAAAGGUACAUUCACAAAAACCUUCCGCUGAUCGAGCAGGAUCCUCUUCCUUUGCCAAAAGAUUUCCAGGCUGCCGCACGCAAAGCAUAUGGCAAAGUCUUACAAGGUGAGGCAAUUGAAUCAGGUGCUAAGGCUGGAGAUAAGGAAGCGAAGAUCAAGAUGCAUAUCAACACAGUCACGACUGCAACCCAAGUCAUGGACGGCAGUCAGAUGACUGACUCCGAUCCAAAAUGCUUUUAUACUGCUGUGCAGGACAUCCUAUACCCGCUACUGGACGAGCAAGAGGGCUCGAAGAUCAGGGGUGAUGACCACGCCAUCUUUACUAAGCUAACUAAGAAGUUCGAGGAACGCUUCUUCAGUGAUGUUCGAGCGUUGAACGUCAUGGACCCCGAUGAGCUUACUCGAGUGACUGAGUACGGACAGGAAAUUGCGAUGUUCGUGAACAAAAUAGUUGAGAAUAGAUUUGGAUACUCAACAUCAGAUGGAUCCGUUUACUUUGACAUUGAUACUUUUGAGAAAGCUGGCAAUUCUUAUGCAAGAUUAGAGCCGUGGAAUCGGAGCAACAAUGAAUUGCAAGCAGAUGGAGAAGGUGCACUCUCGCAGAAAACUUCAGAAAAGCGCUCGCCUGCCGAUUUCGCUAUAUGGAAGGCAUCGAAACCAGGAGAGCCUAGCUGGCCGAGUACGUGGGGUCCAGGACGACCCGGAUGGCAUAUUGAAUGCUCAGCAAUGGCUUCUGCUAAACUCGGUAAGCAGAUGGAUAUACAUUCAGGGGGGAUCGACCUUGCCUUCCCACAUCAUGACAACGAAUUGGCGCAAAGUGAGGCCUAUUGGUCCCAAGGCACGGAACACCAAUGGGUCAAUUAUUUCCUACACAUGGGUCACCUAUCGAUUGCGGGGUCCAAGAUGUCGAAGUCAUUGAAGAACUUUACGACCAUCAGAACAGCUCUUGAACGAGGAGACUGGACACCCCGAAGUUUACGCAUAGUCUUUCUGCUUGGUGGAUGGAGAGACGGUAUCGAGAUUACGGACGAUCUUGUACAGGCGGGAAGUGGGUGGGAGGAUAGGGUUGACAACUUCUUCUUGAACGCCAAAUAUGCAGCAGCAGAUCAAACCCUAAACAAUGAAAAGGACUCGGGUCUGGCUCUUGCUCUUCAAUCUGCCGAGUCAGAAAUGUACGAUGCAUUAUGCGACUCAUUCAAUACCGCCCGGGCAAUGGCUGUUAUAUCUCGACUGGUUGGCGACUUCAAUAGCGCAGAGAGGGGCACCUUGUCAUCACAAAGUGCUCGAGAUGCUGGAAAAUGGGUGACGAAGAUGGUAACUAUUUUUGGUCUCAAUGGUAAAGCUCUGGAGGAGUCGGAAGACAUUGGGUGGGAAGGCAUUGAUAUCCCAUCGCCAGCAAAACCUUAUGUCUUUCCGCUGGCAUCUAUGCGAGACAAUCUUCGUGAGGCUGCGCUGUCGAGGGAGGGCAUUUCCAAGGACUUGAUGAACACAGUUCUUCAACAAUACGGUGAGGUAGAUGGUUCGGCGGAUCCUUCCUCGGCAACGUACGCGAAUCUCGUCUAUAAAUUCAAGUCCGAUGUCAAGGCCAUUGCCUCUUGUUCGUCCAACCUUUCGAAGGAUAUUCUCUCUCUUUGUGACCGUGUCCGAGAUGUCGAUCUCUGGAACCUAAAUAUCUACCUUGAAGAUCGUGAGUCUCGGCCCGCUCUUGUCCGUCCUGUCACGCCGCACUUGGCAGCAGCACGACAGGAACGCGAAGAUCGGGCCAAGCAGAAAGAAGCUGAAAAAGCCAAACUAGAACAAGAAGCCAGGGAGAAGGCAGAAAAGGGUAAGCUAAGUCACAGAGACAUGUUUCGCACAAAGGAAUUUUCGGCCUGGGACAAUGAUGGCUUACCAACCAAGAUGGCAAAUGGGGAUGAGGUUGCUAAAAGUAGAAGCAAGAAACUGAAAAAAGACUGGGAGAGGCAGAAAAAGGCUCAUGAGGCAUGGUUAGCAGCGUCAAAAAUGGCAUGA